AUCCGCGCUCGCUUUUUAGCUUUGCCCGCCCACCUACCCCGUCUGCUGCAGUUCGACACCUUCCGUCCUCUCCUACCUCGCACGCCCCCACCAUUCCUCCACCGACCCUUCUCGCCUCGCGUCCCGAUACCAAACCACACGCAGGAGAGACCCGGGAGCUCAAUCCCUGAUGGCCCAGCAGCAAACGAGCCCCGAGGAGGUGGUCCUCGGGCAGGAGACCGGCAGCGCGAGGGUGAUCACGCUGAACCGCCCGCGGCAGCUCAACGGCAUCUCUGACCGAGUGGUCUACCUCCUCGCACAGUUCCUGGAGAAAUGGGAGAAAGACGAUAGCGCCAAAUUGGUCAUCUUUAAGGGAGCUGGACGUGCAUUUUCUGCUGGUGGGGACCUGAAGAUGUUUUAUGAAGGGAAAUCAGAUGAUUCCUGCCUUGAGGUCGUAUAUAGGAUGUAUUGGCUCUGCUAUCACAUCCAUACAUACAAGAAAACCACGGUGGCUCUUGUUAACGGGCUCGUCAUGGGUGGUGGUGCUGCUAUGGUUGCUCCACUGAAGUUUGCAGUUGUUACAGAGAAAACAAUUUUUGCUACUCCUGAGGCUAGUGUUGGAUUGCACACAGAUUGUAGCUUUUCCUACAUCCAUUCACGGCUCCCUGGAUAUUUAGGCGAGUACCUGGUUUUAACUGGUGCUAGACUGAAUGCGAAGGAAAUGAUAUCUGCUGGUCUCGCUACUCAUUUCGUCAGUUCCGAAAAACUGGAAGAACUCGAAAAAUGUUUACUGAAUUUGGACUCAGGUGACGAGUCUGCAGUCCGAGCUGUUAUUGAAGAAUUUUCUACAGAUGUUCAACCUGAUGAAGAUAGUGUUUUGAACAAGCUUUCAACUAUCAACAAAUGUUUCUCUGCGGAGACUGUUGAGGACAUCAUAAAAGCAUUUGAAUCAGAAGCGAGCAUAGACGGAAACCAAUGGGUGGCUCCAGUCCUAAAAGGUCUGAGAAAAUCAUCUCCAACUGCACUGAAGAUCACCUUGAGAUCGAUCAGAGAGGGUCGGAAACAGAGUUUGCCUGAAUGUUUGAUGAAGGAAUUCAGACUUACAAUGAACAUUCUCCGAUCUGUUGUUAAUGGGGAUGUUUAUGAGGGAAUUAGAGCUCUUAGCAUCGACAAGGACAAUGCCCCCAAGUGGAAUCCUGCAACCCUUGAGGAGGUGAAGAACGAGGACAUUGACCGUGUGUUUCAACCGUUCAGUCCAGAGCAUGAGCUCCAAGUCCCAAAUGACGAUUCCAACAGGUGGAGCGGUAAAUAUGAGAACACGGUGUAUGCUAAAAUUCCUCGGUAACUGUAUACAAGAUACCAGCCGAUGCUUGUUGGCAGCAACCAGCAGGGAACAAUAUUCACAUCACGUGCAUAACGGAUAGUUCAGUAUGUAACUCGUAUGCAUCUCGAGUGGGUGUUCUAUUGGUGUCACAAUGUGUGAACAGUUGAAAAAGAUUACGAGGCAAUAAAGCAUAUGGGAUAGUUUUUGACCCAACA